AUGGCCUUUUCUACCCUCUCUUUGAUCCUGCUCCUGCCACUUGUCAGUGGCCAAGUGUUCCACUGGGGUCCCUGCCCGGAGCCGUCUGUCCAAUUAGGUUUUGACAUCCAUAAGUAUCUCGGAAGGUGGUUUGAGAUUGAGAAGAUACCAGCGUCAUUUGAGAGGGGAAAGUGCAUUGAGGCAAACUACUCUCUAAGACCAGAUGGGACUAUCAAAGUAUUGAACUCAGAGUUCCGAAGAGGAAAGGUGAGGUCAAUCGAAGGAACAGCUGUUGUGCAAGACAUCAGACAGCCGGCCAAGCUCGGGGUCAGCUUCUCUUACUUUACCCCCUACACCCCCUACUGGGUCCUGUACACUGACUAUGUGAACCUGGCCGUGGUCUACUCUUGCACUGAUGUUCUUAGGCUGUUCCACGUCGACUUUGCCUGGAUCCUCGGGCGUGCACGUGCACUGUCUGUGGUGACCACCAACAGUGCCAAGAUGGUGUUCAGCAACAACAACAUUGAUGUCAGCAAAAUGAUCUCCACGGAUCAGCAAGGCUGUGACAAGUAGUACUAGACGACGGGAACAAUGAUCAGCAUUUUUAUUUUUGUAAUUAUUACAGUUAGUCAAUUUGAAUGAACUCAAUACAAUACUGUUCUUAAAACUUAAAGCUGUUUCUAAUGCAAUACUCACAAGGUCACUCUGAAUAUAAUGGCUGCCUCAAAACAUGUGGACAGGUGGUAGUAUACUGUCACUGCAUAGUCUUAAUCUAGAAGCAGCUUGGUUGUUUGAAACAUGCAAGGAACAAAUAAACUGAGAUGGAAAAUCCAGGUUCCUAAAGUAAAAGUCCUCCUUAGUACUUUGUUCCAAUAACCUGUAUUUGCUGAAUUAAUUAGUGAAAUCAGCUUCCAUGAGUGUUCAGGAGUGGAUGAAACACAUGGCACUAGUUUUACUUUCUGGUCCCUGGACUUCCAUCCUCUGCACAUAAAGUAACAAAUAUAAGUGAAACAAUAAAAAAUGUAGGCCAGACUUUGCCUGGAUCAUGGGGCGUGCACGUGCACUGCCUGCAGCGACCAUCAACAACAUCGAUGUCAGGAAAUUGAUCUCCAUGGACCAGCAAGCCUGUGGCAAUAGUACUAGACGAAGGGAACAAUGAACAGCAUUUUUGUCGGAAUACACGUGUUUUGAAUCAGGACUGUCCGCAUAGUUGUCAUACAUUUGUUUUUAUUUUUUCAACUGAGGGAAUGUCUGACCUCACCCCCUUACUCAAAGUAAUUUAAUCAAGACUGAAAAACAUGAAAAUGUAGAAAAUGUUGAGUCUCAUUAAU